AGCCACUAAAUUUAAAUGCAAUGAUAACCUCAACUUAAUAAUUUCACCUGAUCCACCCAUUCCUUCAGAAUCUUUAACUUUGAGUGCUUCUGGAACAGUAAAAAACGAUGUUGAAGAUGGAAUAGUUGAUGCUGAUAUACAAGUAUUUAAUAAAAAUAAUAUAUUGAAUGACUCUUUCUUAGGCGGUGAAUCUAUGUUUACAGCUAAAAAAGGUGAACAAUUUAAUGCGACUCUCGAUAUUAGUCCGCUACCAGAUAACUUUAAAAUUGUAAUGACUGUGACUGCUUCUGAUGUUGAUGGGAAUAUUUUUGGUUGUGCCAAAAAAACUUUUGAUUUUUCAAAUAAGAAUUAA